AUUGUCCUCUUGGAAACAAGUGUCCUUCAUCAAUUUGCUCAACUGGAAAUUGGCAAGAGUUGGGUAGUGGGGAACAAAAUAUAAUCCAAACCACUUUGUUUUGGUCUUCAGUUGUGAACCAACAUGAAGUGUGCUCUUGUAUUUUGUGCUGUAUUAGUUGUCGUUUUGGCACUUGCAUCUGCUGUGCCAGCAAAGGGGUCCACUAAGGCAUCCCUGAAGAAGCCAUGCCUCCAAAAUUGCGUUCAACCGGAUGAGAUCAAACCAAUUUGUGGAGGAAAUGGAGAGAAGAAAAUUUCAUUCGCUAGUGAAUGUGUUAUGAGCAAUUACAACUGUGAAAAUGGAGCAGAUCUCAAAGUAAUCAGCCAAGGAGAAUGUCCAGGUGGUGGCGGUAUCCGUCUUUCAUAAAUGACGAAAAAUAUUACAAAUCAUUAUUUUCAUGAUCUAUCUACAAUAAAAUGUUCAAGAUGGAAUUAUAUUAAAUGAAAUAUAACAAAAUAAAAACAUUCCAAACACUAA